CGUGCCUCAGAUUCCUGUCAAGCAGAGGGGGGGGGGUUAAACUGCGCCCCCCCUGUCCCAUUCAGUCACUUUCCUAGUCAGGCAGGCAGAGAGAGUGAGAGGAGAGAAAGAGGCAGAUCCAGGACCAUGGCACAUCAUGAAGCACCCCAUAAAGACCCCAGAAAGAUGGGCAUCGGCCGCUCCAUCGCCGUGCUGACCUCCGGAGGCGAUGCCCAGGGUAUGAAUGCUGCUGUGAGGGCCACAGUCAGAAUGGGCAUCUACACUGGGGCCAAGGUCUACUUUGUUCAUGAGGGUUACCAGGGUCUGGUGGAUGGAGGUGACAACAUCAAACUUGCCACCUGGGAGAGUGUGUCUAUGAUGCUGCAUCUGGGUGGAACUGUGAUUGGCAGUGCCCGCUGUAUGGACUUCAAAGAGAAGUGGGGACGUCUGAAGGCCGCCUGCAACUUGGUCAAACUGGGCAUCACCAAUCUGUGUGUGAUCGGCGGUGAUGGCAGCUUGACUGGUGCUAACCAGUUCCGUACAGAGUGGAGCGAGCUGCUGGCUGACCUGACAAAAGGGGGAAAGAUCUCAGCGGAGGAGGCUAAUCGUUCUUCUCAUCUCAACAUCGUGGGCAUGGUGGGCUCUAUCGACAACGACUUCUGUGGCACUGACAUGACCAUCGGCACCGACUCCGCCCUGCACCGCAUCAUAGAGGUGGUGGACGCCAUCACGACUACUGCACAGAGUCACCAGAGGACCUUUAUCCUGGAGGUGAUGGGCAGACACUGCGGCUACCUGGCCCUGGUGACUGCUCUGGCCUGUGGUGCUGACUGGGUGUUCAUCCCAGAAAUGCCCCCAGAGGAAAACUGGGAGGAACAUUUGUGCAAAAGAUUGAUUGCGCAAAGGGGGCGUGGUUCUCGUCUGAACGUCAUCAUUCUGGCAGAGGGAGCCCAGGACCGUAACCAGAAACCCAUCACCUGUGACCAAGUCAAAAAUCUGGUAUCCAAGAAACUUGGCUUCGACACCCGUUCCACAAUCCUGGGACACGUACAGAGAGGUGGCACCCCCUCUGCUUUUGACAGAAUCCUGGGUAGCAGGAUGGGUGUGGAGGCUGUGAUGGCUCUUUUGGAGGCCACCCCAGAAACCCCAGCCUGUGUUGUCAGUCUUUCUGGGAACAUGGCCGUCAGGCUGCCUCUCAUGGAGUGUGUCCAAGUGACUAAAGAUGUGACCGUAGCCAUGACUGAGGGGAGAUUUGAAGAUGCUGUAAAGCUCAGGGGAAAGAGCUUUCAGAAUAACUGGGACACAUACAAAAUGCUGGCUCACGUGACCCCCCCAGAAAUGAAGAGCAACAUCAACAUUGCCAUUAUAAAUGUUGGCGCCCCCUGUGCUGGGAUGAAUGCAGCAGUGCGUGCAGCUGUCAGAGUCGGUAUCAUCCAGGGACAUCAGAUGCUAGCUGUACAUGACGGCUUUGACGGCCUGGCUAACGGACAGAUUGAGCCUAUCAUCUGGGCUCAAGUGGGUGGAUGGACUGGGAAGGGAGGGUCCAAUCUCGGUACCAAGAGACACCUGCCAGGUAAAAACAUUGAGCAAAUCAGCCUGAACAUUACCAAGUUCAACAUCCAUUCUCUGAUCAUCAUCGGAGGCUUUGAGGCGUAUCUGGGUGGUCUGGAGCUGGUGACAGCCAGGGAGAUGUACGAGGAGCUGUGUAUCCCCAUGGUGGUCAUUCCCGCCACCGUCUCUAACAAUGUUCCUGGAUCGGACUUCAGCAUCGGAGCUGACACCGCCCUCAACACCAUCACCAUGACUUGCGACAGGAUAAAGCAGUCUGCUGCUGGCACUAAGAGGAGAGUGUUCAUCAUUGAGACCAUGGGGGGAUACUGCGGUUACUUAGCAACCAUGGCUGGCUUGUCAUCUGGGGCUGAUGAUGCCUACAUCUAUGAAGAGCCUUUCCAUAUCCGUGACCUAGAGCUGAACGUGGAGCAUCUGAUAGAAAAGAUGAAGACCUCAGUGAAGAGAGGCCUCAUUCUCAGAAACUCUAAUGCCAAUGAGAACUACACCACACAGUUCCUCUACAACCUGUACUCAGAGGAGGGAAAGGGCACGUUCGACUGCAGGAUGAAUGUCUUAGGACACAUGCAGCAGGGUGGAACCCCCAGCCCCUUUGACAGGAAUUUUGGUACCAAGAUGGGAUCCAAGUCUGUCCUGUGGCUGACUAACAAGCUGAAGGAGUGCUACAGACACGGUCGUAUCUUUGCCAACAUGCCAGACUCAGCCUGUGUGCUGGGCAUGAAGAAGAGAUCCCUGGUCUUCCAGCCCCUGGCUUCCCUCAAGGAUGACACUGACUUUGAGCACCGUAUCCCAAAGACAGAGUGGUGGCUGAGGCUAAGGCCCAUCCUGAAAAUCCUGGCCAAAUAUGACACUGUGGAAAUGGACACCUCUGAGGUGACUGCCAUGGAGCAUGUCAUCAAGAAGACAGGCCUAGUCAAGGGGGGCAAAAUGUAAACAAACAAAUAAACACACACAUAUAAACACAACCUAACAUAAACACAUACAUACCGACCCUUGGUAUUGCAUCUCGGCCCACCCACUCCUAUGAAGAGAAAGGGAUGGUAACAGUCAACCAUUCAGUCAACAGAUGUGUGUAGCAUCUCAGUGUAGUCCUAGUGGUUAUGAGGAAGAGACUGUACAUACAGUUUAUGUGUGGCGCUUUGAACUGUUCUACAUCACAGAAGUCAUUCUACACCAUUCUGCAGAAACCCUGCAACAAUACUGUGCAGAUCUCUCAGUGGAGUCAGUCUAACACUUUUAUCUCAAAGCCACAAAGACACUCUCGUGUGCUGUUUCCUGUGUCUGGCUCACUGCUUUCUCCCCUAUUUGUAUGGCAGAACAGUUUACAAAAUGAAGACUUCUUUCUUGCAUUGAAACUGAACUAGGAUAUGUAAUUAAACUCUGCUUCAUUUCUGGAGGUUUUAUUUGUUUUUUUGCUACACACAUGACAUGAUAAAAGAUCAUGUCAAAUGUACUAUCUUUAAUGAAUAUCGAAUAUUUAGUGAUAAAAUAGUAACAAUGUAUUGCAUAGAAAAUGUGACAAAUGUUUAUCACAAUAACUUACAUAGUCUUUUAUUAAAUUAUGCCUAAUAGGCUGACUAAGUACAGCCAACCCAAAUAAUAAAAUUGUAAUGAAUUUAGUAAUUGAACAAAUAAAAAAUGUAAGGUAUGGGUUCAAAAA